UGGCAUAUUCAACCGCAAAUGCAACCAUCCGACUGGUGCAGCUUAAAAAAGAAAUUUCAGGGCUUCCAUUUACUACAUUUUUCAAAGUUCAUGUAUGAGAACAAUAUUUCUUCGUGUAUUCAUAUUUUUUAGGAGUUUGCAACAUCAAAAGUUCGAAGCAAGGCAAUCGAUCAACAGGGCUCAGUCACUCAAUACUAUGCUUAGUACUUUUUUAAAUAUCUAUCGGAGAAGUCUGGCUGGGAGAAUUGUACUUAGACUAAUUCUAGGCUAACUUUGUCAAUCCAAGAACACGUGCAGUACUGGUUUUUACAAACCGGGGUAUUAUUUUUUGGGUACACUUGCAAAAUGUAUCAAUUUAGGAAGAAAUUCAGACGCUCAAAGGACUUCUUUUACAAUAACGUGGAGAGGAAAGGAACUUAGGAACACACAAAAAGAUGAUGCGAAUAGCAGUGUGUCAUAUGAAUCUCAAUUUUUUGAACAAGAAAAUGAAUUUGGGGAUUUGAAUGAACAAAAUGAAGAUAUUGCUGGAAAUUAUGACAAGCACCAAGAGUUAACCACCAAAACACAGGAUUCUGAAGAUAUUUUUACCAAGCAAUCUAUCUCUAUUAGUACAGAGGAAUCCAAACAACCAUGUCAACAUAGUCAAGUAGUUCUCACUUAUACAGUUAUACUUUAUACUGUUUACCACUAGUCAUGUUUUUAAUGUGUUAUAAAUUGACAAUAUGCUUGUUGAUUGCUUAUGCAUGAGACACUGUGUAGCAAAACUUUAUUAACAUCUCGUAGAAAUGUGCUCAACAAACAUAAAAAUAUAUUACAAUAGAUAUUUUUGAAACAGUGAACAUUAAUAAUUACUGUGUACUUGCUCUUUCAGAGUCAUUUGUCACCCACUGGCCACUAUACUGGGCUAUUGUUACAGUUUGACUUUGCAUCAAAUGUAUCCAUCAGCAAUCCUUUGUUGUUCAUGAUUAUAAUGCAGACAAAAGAACAAUUAUGCAUAAUUCAUUUGUAUUUGUUCAUCGAUAUCCCCACCUAUUGCUUGAUGGCUACGGUUGGAUAUUGUGCUGCUCAUGUGAUGCAAAUAGAAAGCAAUUUGUUGAAGCCCUACCUAAUAAUAUACAAUUAGAUCCUCAAAAAGAUAUACCAUAUCCCAGUUGCAUACACAUAUUAGCAAUUGAAAAAUAUCUGGUUGUGUAUGAUAGAAAGUUUGGUAUUGAAGCCAAAGAUUUUAUUGAAAAAAGCAAUGAGAAUGAUGCAAGCGAUUUUACUGAUCUUCCUGAAAAAAAUGGUAAUAAAAUUUUGGCGCCAUCUGAAAGUGGUAUUUGUUCUUGUGGUGCAGAGUGGGAUAAACGUUCUAUUCAAGAUGAAUGGUUGUACGUAGACUUGUGUUCAAUUGCGUACUUUUAUUCAAUCCAUGAUGUGAAGGUGUAUUGUAGACCUUGCUCCUCUUGUGCUACGAAAAAGCAUUAUGAUGGCAUUGAAAACAGGAUUGUAUGGUUUGGAUCAUAUGCAAUAUCUCAUGCCGUUCUAAAAGAUUACAUUCGGCUUUUCAUAACGUCGAGUUUACCUAUGUACAAAUAUUAUGUUGCAUAUGUACAAAGGCAAGUGUCUUCGGGUAAUUUUAAUUUCCCAAAGGAAAUAACUUACGCCAAGUUUCGUCUCGCUAUCAUUGCCAUGAUACGGUUGCUUGAUAUUGAUUUUGACAAUGGUUUUUUUUGUGAAUUAUGUGGAAGAAUUCCCCCAAAAGGUGGUGAUGGAUGGAACAACUCUUGGAAUACAGAAAACUUUCUUACCAAAUAAUUUAAGAGAGUCUGAUACUGGAUUGCUACAUGGAAGAUAAGUAUUUUUGAAGUUUAUCUGUAGUAUAUAGUAUAUACAGGUCUGCUAAUUAGUAAAUACGAGUGUUCAUCUACGUAUCAGAAAGCAUUUUAUGCAUGAUGGUGACUUCUCUCA